ACUCCCCUUGUGAUCACACGUGGGGUUGUCCAAAAUUAUCAUUAAUUUUAAUUUAUAAUUAAGAAAAUUAGGAACUGAAAAUACUUUUUUUAAGUAAUAAGUUACCAUUUUGUGAAUUUAUAAAUAAAAAAAUAAUAAUAAUUAAGAAUAAGUGAAAAAAAUGGCGGAGAAAAACAAUAAUAUGGUGUCCGAGAAGGUCCCCUUUGAAACUGCGCUGGAUAGAGCAGGUUUCGGGCUCUACAGUUACAUAAUGACAAGUCUAGCGGGGUUCGCAAUCAUAUCAUUUGCGUGUGUGGUGUAUGCCAGCACUAUUAUAGUACCGAGCAGUGCGUGUGAGCUGGAGACCACUACCAGCCAACAGGGGCUGUUAGCUGCCGGGCCUGUUGUGGGAUCAACCCUAGGUGGUAUAAUGUGGGGCUACCUAGCAGACACUCGCGGCAGACGCAAGAUGAUCCUGGUCGGUCUACUGGGAGGCAUCACGUUCAACCUCAUCGCCGCCAUCUCCGUCAACUGGGUCAUGCUCAUGAUCUUCCAGUUUAUUGCUUCGUUGUUCGCGUCAGGCAUGUACUCCAUGUCUAUGUCACUUCUGAGUGAGAGUGUACCGAUGGCGAAGCGAAACCUCGUCGUGUUACUGGUAUCCAGUAUCUUCAUGCUUUCGCAAGGUCUUAUGGCAGCGUUGGCGAUACCCAUUAUCCCACUGAGGUUCUCUCACUACCUUCCCGCUCUGGACAUCUACUGGAACUCCUGGCGAACCCUGCUGGUGGUGUACUCCGUGCCCAGCAUCGUCACAUUCAUAUGGAUGCUGUUCAUGAAAGAGAGUCCUAAGUUCGUGUACGUGAAGGGAGACGAAGACAGAGCGAUUGAAAUCCUGAAGACCAUUCAUAGAGUUAAUAACUUGAGGUCGAAGGAGGAAUUAGCGGUGAGUGGACUAAUCCAAGAAGUGAGUGCCACAAGUGGUCCGAGCUCAACCAAGGACCAGAUCGUGCCACUGUUCAAGACACCGCUGCUGAAGUACACCCUCAUCAUGAUCACACUCUUCACAUUCCAACAGGUGGGAGCCUUCCUCGUGUGGCUGCCGACCAUCGCAGACCAGUUCGUGCGCAUCCUGCAGUCAGGGGAGGACUCAGAUCUCACCAUGUGUGGUAUCAUCGCAAUGGAAGCUCCAGUUGAUUUGGAUGCUGUUCCAUGUGCCCUGAAUGAAACCUCUUUGCUGAUGGUGCUCGGCGUGGGAGCAGUUCAUUCUUUGAUCAACAUAGUCCUCAGUAUGGCCAUCGGUAAGACCGGUCGCCGUAACAUGGUGCUGGUAGUAACAACCCUGUGCGGAGUGAGCGGCAUCCUGGUGAACCUGGUGCCCAACGCGAUUGGCAGCGCCGUUCUAUUCGUCGUGCUGUCAACUGGCAUCGUCGUGAUUGGCUUCUACACAGCCAUCAUCGUUGCUUUGUUCCCUACGCAUUUGAGGGCUUUGGCAAUUGCACUCCCUAUGACUUUUGGGCGUAUUGGGACCUUCGCAUCGAUACAGAUUCUCAACUUGAUGUUUGCAAAUAGCUGUGAUGCUGGUUUCUACCUCUUCGCCUCUCUUUUCGCAUCAUCAGCGAUAAUUGCGUCUUUCCUGCCGGAUGACCGUCGCCUACAAAGAGCAGCGCCAGCUCCAGAAAUCAAAGAAGAAAAUAUUGAAGAAACCAACGAAAACUAAAAAAUAUAUAAGUAGCCCUUUUUUUGCAGUCGGGUAAAAAAUCAAUUCAUAACCGAAUAAGUCUGAGGAAUGUCAAUAAUACUGAAUAGAUAAUCGAUUUAUUUUAAGCUUAUUUAUUAUCAUGUAAAAAGUAAUAAAAACUUUUUGUACAUA